AGGAGCGGACAUACGAUAGUAGAGAGGACUGUAAUAGGCGUAGAUAGGCACAGAUGCUUGCAUCCACCCGAAGUAUAGCCAAGAAGACUGAAUCUCGACACUGGCAUCAAGUACUAGUAGUGAACUAAUCAGCGGGAGAGUACAAGUACUUGGUUGUACACCUGUCAAAUAACGCUGCUUGCAUUGAUUGAUGCUGGUCACUCCGAGUCUGCCAGUGUUGGACCCUGCCAUAACUUCGCGAAGCAAAACAGGUUUCUUGCGGAGCUUGACCUAAUAAACCUGAGCAGAUGCUCUUGACGAUGCACUACUACCAGGAUGUGGCCGUUAUCUCCACGGUUCUGUACAACACACACAAUGUUGUAUGAACGAACCGGAGUGGCGGAUUUCUAGUCCAACAGGAUCUGGCCCUUUGCCCACAUCCAUGGCCUCAAUGCAACGAUGAAAAAGCCCGUUGCUGAAAGCUGCAGGCCUAUUGCAAAUCGAGCCAUGCCGGACAUGGUCUGGAUUCCUCGGACAGAAACAGCAGCGGCUUGCGCCUUGUUUUAUUAUUGAUGGCACAAGGGGUGGUGUUGUUGGUGGGGGUUCAGCAAAGUGUGGUCUACCCUCUACUACAUGCUUUUCAAUGCUCUCGCAGUUGCAGACCAUGACAAUGAACCAUUGUCGGGUAAACGCACAACUCUCUGAGCGCAAGUUGAGGGAAAUUUGAGCGGUGAUAUCUAGCAAGUACAGGCUUGAGAAGCGCCUAUCUUGUUCGAUGUAAAGGGGUUUGCCUUGGAAUUAGGUUCCAUGGACAUGUUGUCCAUUUCAUCAGAUUGCUAAGGUAAGUUCGACCAGCUUAAAACGCCGCCAGUGAGCUGCAUAUGCACCGUCUGCUUUCGCUCUAGGCGGGGCCAACACUGUGCCGUUUCGAGGACCUGAUGAGACAGUGGUCAAUAUGCCGGCGGCGAAGAGGCUGAACAGACUUUGUGAGACGCGGGUAUCGUUCUACCAGCGUGACUUCAUGCCACAUCAAGGACAACGGCGAAGUCCUAGGUCAGGGCACAGCAUGCGUGAAGUGGUAUAUCGCGGACAUUCUGAAGCCAACGGCAAGGGCUUCUCGGCCCGGGAGGGAACAAAGUCUGUUAUCAAAUAUUCGUCAAAUUUGCGAUGGACGUGGGUUGAUCCCUCGGCGUCGAUACCCGCUAAUCUUCUUGGAAAGGCAGCAGUAGGCAUCGGGUACGGCUCAAUUCUUGAGCCCAGGCUUACUUGAUCUCCCGGCACAUAUACCCGUGGCUCGGCGGAUGAACAGCUCAUUUUCUUCGUCGCUUCGAGCCCAGUCUAUGUCGAUGUUAUCCGGGGCCAGGGUUCAGGUCGGAGGGUGUCCUACAUCAAUGCUGGCCGAGGAUAAGUCAAUGCGACUUCAAACGUUCAACUUGUCACGGUCAAGGGCGUGCUCAGCCGCAACGCAUAAUCUGCAGUCGCAUCAUUGUAUACGGGUAUGAAUGCGUUUGGCAGCACCGAGCAGUAUAGUAUAUAUCUGCUUCCAUGCUAUGUGCUUGCGGCAAGAUAUCAGGCAACAAUCUUGUCCAAAGUGCUUGAUCUUGUCCUAAGACCUACUGUAUGUUGCAGCAGGUCACCGCCAGGCCGGUGUUUCCAUAACCAGGGACCAGUGGGCCCAAACAAUGGGAAUGCGGUAUGCUACUGGGUCUCAGCAUCCUCGCGAAAACCAUUGUAGCGGGCAGUUUACAUUUGGUCAGAAGAGUGCUUAUUCUUCCCAUGUUGAUGCAUUCGUUUCUGAGCAUGAAGCAAGGGCCGCGAUGAACUGUAAGCCUGGAAACCUACUACCUACCGACCAGGUAUUGUACAUCCAUACCUGGAUAUGUCUACAGUACGCCUUGCGCUACUAGUAAUAUGUCUUUCUCGCCCGGCCUGACACUUUCCGC